GUUUCUUCUCCGAGGGGUUUUUUGUCAAGCACACGGUACAAUCACUCAUGUGCACGCAGUGUUUGCAGCUUUCUUCGCAGUUCACCAAGAGCUAGCGCUUUAGUCAUCAACUUUCGUUUUCAUGGCCGGACCAGGGAUCAAAAUGUAAUUAAACAGUAAAGUAGUGCUAACCCACCGUUUGAUAGAGCAACCAAGGGAGCCGAUUAAAUCAAGCCGUCUUCUUCAGACGAAUUGAGCUGGUGGCCAUAUCUUCCUCAGCUCCGAUAACCUGCAGCCGGCCGUGCCUCUCUGCCUUCCCCUCCGAUCGAUCCCCACGGCGAGCGAGCGUGGCUCUUUCAAUUCGGUUCAUCGUCCUGUUGGCGGCAUGGAUGACGACGUAACCAUCGUCGCACCGGUCGAUGUGUCGUCCUUCCCCUCCGCUACGGUAGGGAUCCAGGCAGGAGGAAAUGAUUUGAUCACCGAGGACGAGGAUGGUAAUAGACUAGAGUAUCUCGUCAGGCUGCUCGAGGUUUUUGCGAUCGGUGACGCCGAAGGAGCUAGCACCCAAGCUACGACAGCUGAUCAUCCCGUCUUCUGCACCAAGUUCAUUCUCGACUCGGGAGCUUCUACGCAUGCCACGGGAAACGCGUCCCUGUUUCCGUGGCUGAUCCCAGUACGACAGGGCGGCGAGGUUCGUGCUGCCAAUGGGCAUCAGCUAGCAGUUCGCGGCUUUGGGCCCGUGGUCAUGGAGAACUUCAGGGUGAACAACGUCCUCUAUGUUCCUGGCCUCACCUGCAACGUCAUCUCUUUGUCGAGGCUUAUCAAGCUCGACUACAACGUGAUGUUCUCCCGCUCGGGGUGCCUGAUCAAGGACCUCAGGACCGGUGAGAUAGUUGGGAACGCCCGCCUUGUUCAGGGGAUAUACCAACUCGAUCGGCUGGAGAUUCCAAUGGACAGGGCCCCUGCAGUGGCGCCAUAGGCGCACCAGCAGCAUCUUGCAGAGACAGGCAAAUGAGCAUUCAUAAUCGGCUUGUUGAAUGCUGUGAUUGUGCCAGUCAUUUAUCUGUAUGCAUGUGUAUUUUGUGUCUCUGAUGUCAUUGAUUGCGUCCAUGUCAAUUGUAGCGGGACCCGGGCGGGUUUAUCAAUAUGAAUGAAACACAUACCGUAUAAAUAUACAAUUGAGGUUGUUGCAUUGGGAU